UCUCAUGGUUGGCGAUAUAGAGGAUUCAUCCCCAGCUUCGGACAGCGACUGGGCCUCGGCGGACGAGGCAUCGCUAGAUGUAACUACGUUGGCGUCGAGUGUUCUGAAUUAUGAGUGGGUAUAUCCCUAUUCUAGCCAAUAUCACUGGUAUAUCCCCAGAUGCACACUAACAGCAGCAUACACAGGUACAAGGUAAGACCUGCGCAAGAGAAGACACCAACGAUCUCCGAAACGAAAGAUAAAUGAGCGCAGAAUGGCCGAAGAUAUCACGCCUACCGCUCAGGCGCAUAUUUAAUGGUACUAUGAGUUGCAUCCACAUUUUCGAACCAGGCAAGAUGGCUUAGAAAGGUCCAGCCAAACGACGAGGAGGAGCAGGACCGUAUGGACCUCCUCCAUCACAUAUAUGCCCUGAUCCUCGAUGGGGAGCUACAUAUGGCGCCGAUCAAAUCUCAUCCGGAGCGAGUCCUCGAUUUAGGAACGGGUACUGGGAUUUGGGCGAUGGAUUUUGCUGAUCAGUAUAAAUCUGCGGAAGUAUUAGGAAACGACCUCAGUCCCAUUCAACCGACCUGGAUACCCCCAAACCUCCAAUUUGAAAUCGACGACUACGAAGCAGACUGGGUCUAUUCACGGCCCUUCGACUACAUCCACGGUCGCGAGCUAGCAGGCGCAGUCAGCAACUUUGACCGACUCUUCCGACAAGCUUUCAAACACCUAAAACCGGGGGGGUACCUGGAGAUGCAGAGCUUCCGCAUCGAAGUAUACGCGGACGACGACUCACUCGAGCGAGCACCAUACACCACGAAAAUGUGCUCGUUAAUCCAAGAAGCCAGUGCCAAAUUUGGGAAGCCAAUGGCGAAUAUGGACGAGUGGGCGGAUAGAAUGACCAAGGAGGGGUUCGAGGAUGUGACCUGCAAGAUUAUCAAAGUGCCCGUUAGUCCGUGGCCGUUGGAUAAGAAACAGAAGGAGAUUGGGAAGUACUUUCAGGCACAGCAGAUGCAGGGCAUUCAGUCUUAUGUUCCGGAGUUCUUGCAGAGUAUUCUGAAGUGGGGGGCGGACGAGGUUGAGGUUUUGAUGGCGGGGGCGAGGAAGGAGUUGUUCGAUACCACGGUGCAUCAGUAUGGGCAAUUGUAUUUUGUCUAUGGCAGAAAACCCGGGGGAUAGGUCAGUUACACAUGUCAGAUCAGCUGCUGGAGUUCUGUGUAUUGUGCUUUUAUUGUAAUGAAGUCACGUUGAGAAUAAUGUUCGUCGAUGCAAGAUCUUGCCAAUAUUAGCUGGAAGUAUGGCGACUCUAAGCUUAACCGACUUGUUGCUGUAAACUAGAUUUUUUGAUUUAGAGACCAUGAACAGUAAAUGUGGGUAGAGAGGGUUUUCAUAUUAGUAUGUAUGUAUGGCAAGACCUGUGUUUUGAUAUCAUAAAAGGCACGGAUACACUUCCACGCGAUCAAUUCAUCUCGACGAAGAACCAGGCUGCUUUGGGCAUUUGUAUCCACCAGGCUUGAAGCGCCAUGCUGGUCUCGAACAGCAUCGAACAGGCAGUGCGUUCAAAAGCGCGACAUAGGUCGUAUUGGCCAAGAAUAUGAAUAAUAUAAUCGGGUAGGUCAGACGCAGC